GAGGAGGAGAGGAGAGGCCUGGAGGACACCAACAUGAACAAGUUGAAAUCAUCACAGAAGGAUAAAGUUCGUCAGUUUAUGAUCUUCACGCAAUCUAGUGAAAAAACAGCUGUGAGUUGUCUGUCUCAAAAUGACUGGAAGUUAGAUGUUGCAACAGACAAUUUUUUUCAAAAUCCUGAACUUUAUAUACGAGAAAGUGUUAAAGGAUCGUUAGACAGAAAGAAGUUAGAACAGCUAUACAAUAGAUACAAAGAUCCUCAAGAUGAAAAUAAAAUUGGUAUAGAUGGUAUACAGCAAUUUUGUGAUGACCUGGCACUUGACCCAGCCAGUAUUAGUGUACUAAUCAUUGCUUGGAAGUUCAGAGCAGCAACACAGUGUGAAUUCUCAAAGCAGGAGUUCAUGGAUGGCAUGACAGAAUUAGGAUGUGACAGCAUAGAAAAGCUAAAGGCCCAGAUACCCAAGAUGGAACAAGAGUUGAAAGAGCCAGGACGAUUUAAGGAUUUUUACCAGUUUACUUUCAAUUUUGCAAAGAAUCCAGGACAAAAAGGAUUAGAUCUAGAAAUGGCCAUUGCCUACUGGAAUUUAGUACUUAAUGGGAGAUUUAAAUUCCUAGACUUGUGGAACAAAUUUUUGUUGGAACAUCAUAAACGAUCAAUACCUAAAGAUACCUGGAAUCUUCUUUUAGACUUCAGUACAAUGAUAGCAGAUGACAUGUCUAAUUAUGAUGAAGAAGGAGCAUGGCCUGUUCUUAUUGAUGACUUUGUGGAAUUUGCACGCCCUCAAAUUGCUGGGACAAGAAGUACAACAGUGUAGCACUGAAGGAACCCUCUAGAGUGUACAUAGUCUGUACAAUAAACACAACGAAAAAUUGCACAGUCAAUUUCUGCUGGCUGGACUGAACUGAAGACCAAUCCUCACACUAAGGGCAGAGGGUUGAGACAAAACAUUAAGGAUACAUCUUGGACCAUAGCAUAUUUCCUUCUUCUAAUGGUGGUUUGGGCUUGUCUCCUAGUCUGGGCCGCUCUUGCCAGUUAUAAUUCCAACGUGGUGGAUUUCAUCUUAUCUCUGUGGACCAUCCUAGUUUAUUCUCCCUUAAGUCUUAGGAGCUUCAUGGUGAUUAUUUUGAGGUUUCCAUUGUUGCAUAAAGCACAAUGCUGUCUUCAUCAGAAAACUGUUUGGCAUAAGAAUUAAACAGAUCAACAUCACAAACGCUUUAUAAAAACUCCUUAAAUAUAUGCUUUGGGCUAGUUGCAAAGACUAUGCUGAUAGCACUUCCUAAGAGAAUGAUAUGUGUAAGUGUAUUCAAUCUGAGAUGGUGUUUUGGUUUUUUUUCCCUGGCAAAUCACCUGUAUCAUCCACGUUAGUUGAUUAUCUGAUGAAAACAAAUGUAGAAACAACCAAUGUAAAAAAGUUAUUAGAAUAACUAGGUGCCUACCUGUACAAGGUUUGUUGUACUUCAACCCCUUAAUUUUCAAACAGUUGAAGGUACCACAGAGCUGUUCUGCACUUAUUGCCAUGUUUAUGCAUAGUUGGUCUGCAAGAGAGCUGUGUUGAGAAAAGCAGUCCGUGUAAUGUAGGCCUUUAGUACUCUCUACAUUAUGCGUUAUAUAAUUGGAUUUCAUUGCAAUUUUGAAAUGCUUAUCUGCCUGUCUAAUAAGUUAAAAUAUUGAAUUUGUGUUUUGGAUGUUUUAGAUUGCUACACAAUACAAUAUCCUAAAUUUAGGCACGAGUUUGUCUAUCAUCAAGCUUAUAGAUCAGCAAAGAGAUUCCCCUUAUUUAUACAGGAAGGUGGUGAGUCUAGUAUGAAUCUAAUGUUGGGGAGUGGUUGUGAUGAGCCCUUAAGUUCAGUCUUUACAACACAGGUACUGCUGCUUCAGAAAAAGUCCAUUUUGAUCACUUCUCAUUUUGUUGAACUUUGCUUUAAUGACAAAUCACCACGGUUGCCAAAUAUUGAUUUCAGAAGCGCUUUCAAGCAAGCACAGAUUAGAUGCAAAUUGCCACACUAGCUCCUUUUGUUUCCUUAAAUUAUUUCAUUUGUUCUACUAUUACUUUUAUUUGCCGCAACUAAAUUUGGACUGUUUUCACAUCAAAGCAGAAUUUUAGCUUGUUUAUUUUCACAUUACAAGACCCCCUGACUGCUUUCAUGCUGAAACUGAUCAUUUCACUUUCAUUCCCCUACUUAUGGCGAAGAAGUUAUUACAGUCUUCUUAAAAUAAACACUUCCAUAAAGCAAGUAAAACCUGUCAGACUUUAGAUGUUCAGCCCCUAUUGUGUUUAGUAGGGAUGAGUGUCUCUGCUGGGUGUACCUGAAUACUUGCUUGGCAAGGUCAGAGUGAGUGUUGAAAUCAUUAAGUGGAGAGCGCUUUGGAAUAGCAGCACAUUUUUAUGCAGAUGCUGAAAUGAUUUUAGGGAAAAAAAAAUGAAAUAUUAAACUGUUUAUUUUUAACCAUGUGCUUGGAAGUUGACUAAAAGACUUUUCCCAUAAGCGAUAGUACUGCUUUUAAAAAUUGUUCACUCACACUUUUAUUUCAAGAAUACAGUCCUACCAACCAAAUGAAAAAGUUAACAUUUCUAUUCAAGCUAUUGGAAUUGGCCAUUCAGAAAAAACAAAAACAAAACUAUUUAUGCUGGUUUCAGUAUUUUCUUUUUCCUUUUUUUUCUUUCUUUUUUUUUUAGUAACUUGAAUUAUGAGAACUUUUAAAAGGUCUAUGAGGCAUGCUGUUUUGUUAAUUGUCUUAAAGGUUUUUGAGUUUUGGUACCGUUCCAUAUCAGUGGAUUAAUUCAAGUGUGCUGUGUUUGGAAAUGAGAUCUCCUUAGCUUUGACUCCAAUAUCAAUUCUGUCUUUACUCAAAAGUCUGAUAUUGGUCAGCGGCCUUGUGCCUUGGUAUCUUAAAGAUUAUUCCUUUUUGAAUGCAAGAUCUUUUCAACAAAAUAGUGUUUGUCAUCAGUUUGGUACUAAACAUUUAUAAUUACUGUGUAAUUAUAAACAAAAAUACAUAAAGCUUUGAAUAAUUAUGUAGCAUAAAAGUUAAGGCUGUUCACUUUAUGAUGGCAUCUCAGAAUUUAACAAAACUAUUACUAAGGUUGAAAAAAGAUUGAUUUAAUGUGGUGUGGUUAUGCUAUGGAGAAAUGCUUGGUUACAGGGAAUAUUUUGUACUGAAAAGUGCUCACCCAUGUGGCCAUGUGUUAACUCUUUGUGUGUGCGUGUGUGAAUGUGUGUGCGUUAAAACUUGGAUCGCUUUAAUUCAUAAGUGCAUCAGUCCUCAGUCUGAUAAUAAACUCCCCAUGAUGAGUCUUGGUUUUUAAACUGUUCCACAGGUUCAGUUUUCUUUUUUGCCAAAUGUCGAAAAAAAAAGGUACACACUUUAAAUUGUAAUGCUGUUUAGUACUAAAAUGUAUAAAAUUAGAAGUGCCCACAUAUAAAAAACAAAAAACAAAAAACUUGAGAUCAAGAUUCUCUUUAGUGAAUAUCAUCAUCUGCAUAUCUCUGUAAGUUAACUUGUGAUUUCUUACAAUCCCUGUCAUAUUACCAACAGAGGCAAUAAAGCUUCAGUCGAAUUGCCAUGAUGAAAUCUCACAUUAAUUAUUUUGGUGUAUUAUUUAAAAAAAAUUAAAACUAAAAUUUUCUGGAUGACUUCAAAAUAUGGAAUGACUCCUCCUAGCAAAUGCUCUUAUGGCAAGUUUAGGGGAGAUAAGUUAUACUCAGUCUUGUUUACUACAUUUAAAGUGUUUACAACUAUAAUCUGGGCUGCUCUCAUUUUUAUUAAACUAUGCUGGAGUUGUGUAACGUGGUGUCCUAAUUAUCUGCCAUUGAUUUAAAUGAAAUAUUUUUUUAGAAAAGGGAAAAAUGAUUGGUUAUUCAAUAAAAUAACAUAAUUGCUUUAAAAUUAUUUUAUAAUGAACUUCUUAUUGGGGAAAUCUGUUUAAACGAGGUGUGCUUUUUAAAAAUUAAUAAAUAAAUGAGUCACUUAUUUGGCUAUCCAACUCAAUCCAACAAUCAUUUGUUGAGAGCCUAGUGUGUGCAAAGCAUUGUGCACGAGUGCUGCAGACAUAAAGAUAAAAUGGCCAGUCUGUGCCCUCACGGAGCUUUUGUUCUGCUUAAGUUGAUGAUAAGAAAAUUACUCAAAUUUCAUAACUUAAUUUGCACUUUAUUUAGGCUUUUAAACAUGCUAUUUUAAGACAAUUUUUAAAACUGUUGUAUCCCUAAGACAGAAGGGUAAAUCUCCCAAAAGAAUUAAAGAAUUUUUAUUAAAAGCA